CUAGCUCAUCAACAAGGGGCUAUGCUGCUGAGGCCCCUACGUGCCUGGGCUGCCCGGUCGCUGCGUAGCGCAAGUCCCGGAAGCCCCGGGAACCUCGUUUCGGGCACCGGGCCGCUGUGGGCACCUCACCGCGCCUGGCCUCCGGAUAAAGACAGAGAAAAUGAUAAAGAGAAAAAAGCAGUGGUUUGUGUGGAGGGCAAUAUUGCAAGUGGGAAGACAACAUGCCUGGAGUUCUUCUCCAAUACAGCAGAUGUCGAGGUGUUAAUGGAGCCUGUGCUCAAGUGGAGAAAUGUCCGAGGCCACAAUCCCCUGGGUCUAAUGUACCACAAUGCCAGUCGAUGGGGCCUCACACUGCAGACCUACGUGCAGCUCACCAUGCUGGACCAGCACACUCGUCCUCAGGUGUCGCCUGUACGGUUGAUGGAAAGGUCAAUUUACAGCGCAAGAUACAUUUUUGUAGAAAACCUGUAUAGAAGCGGGAAGAUGCCCGAGGUUGACUAUGUGAUUCUGUCUGAGUGGUUUGAUUGGAUCAUCAGGAACAUUGAUGUCUCCAUUGAUCUGAUAGUUUAUCUCCGAACCACUCCUGAAAUCUGCUACCAGAGAUUAAAGAUGAGGUGCAGGGAAGAGGAGAAAGUCAUUCCGCUGGAAUACCUCAGAGCUGUUCACCGCCUCUAUGAGGAGUGGCUGGUCACUGGUAGCCUUUUCCCGGCUGCAGCCCCUGUUCUGGUGAUUGAGGCAGACCACGACUUGGAGAAAAUGUUAGAACUCUUUGAACAAAACCGGUCCCGGAUAUUAACUCCAGAGAAUUGGAAGCAUGGCCCGUAGGACUGGACAUGGCUGCAGUCUAGAAGACUGUGCCAGGAAUAGCCCAGCAGGGCCAAGGUAGCUGUUAGGAGCCUUUGGAAGCGUCUACUCUCAGGAGGUCUGUUACAUGCUCAGAUCUAUUUUCUUUAUGGUUUUUCCAUUAUGGGACAAUGGCUAUUGUCGUCAGAUCCUUGCAGCACACAUUCCCCCUGGUGCCCCUCCUGGUGGCUUCCUGAGGCUGAAGCCCUUUGGAAAAACACUUGCUACAUGCUGGUGUUGUUUUAGCUGCUAUGCGUCAGGCCACCAGUGGGGCAAGGAGCCCUCCUCCAGCCUAGGCAAGGAUUUAAAGCUCAGAGAGGUGUGGGGACUUUUCAAGGUCACAUAGCCAGUGCCUAGUGGAGCUGGCACCAUUCAGACACCUGGCUUAGGCUGCCUCCUCCUGAGCUGUUCCCCUCAGCCCUGCUGCUCUGAGCUCUAGCCCCCACACCCUUCAUCUUUGUGAGAAGAGCUGGCAGUAUGGAUUCCAUCCCAUUUAACUCCUGGGCAAGUUUCAAGGAGAACCAACGAGACUAAUCUUUGGCACACCUCUGUUAUUUGGCCAGAGCCCAGAGUUUUCUGGCACAAAGGAACUGAAGCCUCUGCCCCUUUGUCAUCUACCCCUCAGCGUCCGUAGGGGAAUCCUGCAUUGGCCUUGGAUGGUGCCAGUGUCUUUGAGGAUGAAGGCCCUUCCCAGACUGCUGCCAGUUACAUGCCGUUCUGUGUCAGAAAAAAGACUUUUGGGACUUGGACACUUUGCCCUGUGCUGAAUGAGGCCAAGGGCAGCGAGCUGUGCUCCCAAGUCUCUAUCACUCUCCAUCCUUUGUGUGAAGAACAGGGCCUUUGGAAUUACUGAGUGUUUGUGCCCCAGGGAGAGAGACAUAGUUGGCCUUAACUCUUAAAGUGUGUUUCCAUCUGAGCGGACGUCUUGGCCCACAGAGCAUGAAGACAUCUCUGUGGAUCAGAAAAUACCUUAGCUUUGCUGGGCCAUAACUGCACACAAAAGGUAUAGCUGCUGCUUGAACCAGUCGAGACCAAGAGAAAGAAAUACCAUUCCUCUGGGGAGAGUGGGACUGCAAAGUCAGGGUUUGCAAAAUGAAGGCAUUUGCAGUCUUGCUGCUCUUGAUGCUCUGGAGGUGGUGGAGUGCAUCUGGAGAAGACGAUGCAGACUCGGGACGGUUACCAUGUACUCUGGAGAAAUUCAGCAUGGUGGGCUGCCGACGAGUGAGUGGCAGAUGGCCCUGCUCCGCCUCGCCUCUCUGUAAGUGCCCGGAAUGCCAGUUGGCCACAGAGAGGGCCAAGACUCCAGCUGAUGAUCCCUCCUUGGGCCCUUUCUGUAGUACGAGGGAUAGCAGCUAAGGGGACCAUCCAUCGGUACUUGCAGUCCAACAGGGAUAGAGGCAGGAACCUUUGUGCCAGCAGUCCCGGCGUGGGGGCAUCUUCAGAUUUUGCAAAUGAACAGUCCAGCACCUGCCCCUCUACUCAAUCAGAAUACUUGUUUUGGAGAGAAAUGUGAUUUUUUUUGUUCUGUGGUAGCCAAUAAAUUCUACAUCUAAACCCCGA